AUGGAAGAAGAAAUGGACGAGCACUACAGUGACUGCAUGGAUCACUUGUCGAGUAUUGUGUCCUUUGACAGCAUCACUCGGACUGUAAAUGAACGUGCUUACGACACUUUAUUGCGACCGGUUUUGAUUGACGGACCGCUGAUUGGCGUCAGCUACGAACAGAAUUAUCGUCUGGACGAUCGUCUGAGCACCUGCUCGAGUUAUUUACGACGACCUAAGACAGAAGGAAAACGCUUUGGUUUUGUGGCUCCUUACCCAGUGCCGGCACUGACAAAGAUUCUCUUUCACUUCAUUGCACGUGGGCACAAAGCAACUGCCUUCUUGCCGCAAUUUAGCGAUGAUACUGUGGAAAGGAUACUCCAUAACGCGAAGAAUUUUGCAACGGUUGCGGAUGCUGCGCAUUUCGUAGAACUCGUUCGCCUCAAAUUGAUCCAAUUCUUGCCUGGCGAAAGCUUUGGUGAUUCGUUGAAGUGGCAAACUGCAAAAUGUCAGGGAACCCUUGUGACCACGCAAAAAGCAUCCUACUUCAACAGCAGCACCACUGCUGCCGAUUCAGCGAACCAAAAUGGCGUGAGAAACGAAAGUGAAAAGGGACUGUGCAACCUGAUGUUCAGCACGCGGAUGCUCGAAGUUCAGCACACAAAGAACAUGCUGCCGGUGAUAAUACCCCUUUGGCGCCCCUACAACCGACGACUGAUCAUCUCCGCCGAUACUACUCGGAGCAAAGAAGUUCUGGAAGUAAAAGAACGAGACAUCAGGGACUCUUCACAAAGUAACGAAGUACUGCUAAGAGAGCAGCUCACUCUUCAGAGACAGUUUGAGUUGCUUAAAAAGUUGGCCAAGAUGCUGAACGGCGAUUUCCCGUGUGGCCUGCAAGAUGCUCAAAUUGUUCCACUAAUAAAGCACGAACUGGAACUGAUAGACGGCGCAAAACGGUUGCUGAAAACAAACGAUUCCCGAGAAAAACAAAAAGCGACGGGAGCUGGAAGGAUAUUAACAUUCCACUUCUAA